AUGGAUUUAAGGGGUUCUUCCCAAGGGGAUGUUACAAUUUUCGUAGCACACCAAAACCAAGUCCAUGCCAUGGUAAUUUUGAAUACCACCACAGAGGGUAUCGCUGUAACGGAUGUAACGACUGAAACCCCGACGACACCAAGUAAAGAUAUCAUUUUGGGUUCAUGUAUUUGGGCCAUUGGUCGAACAUGUCCCGACAAAGAUGUCGAAUUUCAUCUAUAUACACGACAAAAUCCCGAAGAAUCUCAAAUAAUUUCUAUUCAUAAUAAUUUGGAGAAUUCAAAUCUAUCGGAUUCGCACUAUAAUUCCAGACAUCCUAGUAAAAUUAUUAUCCAUGGAUAUAAUGCCAAUAUGAAUUUACAUGCCCUGGCUAAAAUGAAAAAUGAAUAUCUUGCCAAGGGCGAUUAUAAUGUCUUCUAUAUUGAGUGGAGUACCUUGGCUCGGGGUCCAUGCUAUGUAAAUGCUGUCUACAAUAUUCAACAUAUUGGACAAUGUGCGGCUCAGUUGGUGGAACGUAUACGGGAUUUACAAAGUUCCGAUAUACAUGUUAUUGGAUUCUCCUUGGGAGCUCAUAUUGCAAAUUAUAUUGCGAAAAAUCUAAAGAAUUUUACCCUGCCAAGGAUAACAGGUCUCGACCCUGCCCUACCGCUAUUUGUAACCUCGCCAAACGAAGAGAAAUUAGACAAAACUGAUGCCACAUUUGUCGAUGUGAUUCAUACAAAUGCCUUGGUUCAGGGUAAAUUUGAGAGAUGUGGUCAUGCUGAUUUCUAUAUGAAUGGUGGCAUAUUUCAACCGAAUUGUUUUCGGGAUAAUCCGAUAAAUCCCUUCCCAUGUUUCCAUCAUCGUGCUUUGGAUUAUUAUUUGGAAUCUAUACGCAGCGAAAAGGGUUUUUGGGGUUGGCCAUGCAGUUCGUAUUUUGCCUAUGUUGUGGGAGAAUGUCCUCGAACAAAUUACCUGGUGGAGGUGGGCGAAAAUAUGUCCAAGACUACCAAGGGUAUGUUUUUUGUGGAGACAAAUGGUGACUCGCCGUAUGCCAUGGGAAAAUGGACUGAUUCAAUAAAACCUAGUAAUAAUAAUACGACGGAAUCAAAUCAUGAAGAAAUUAUAGAUCAGUCUUCAGAUGAUUUAGCAACAUCGAGCAGCCGUGUAGAACGUCUAUUGGUAUCAACCACCAAUCAAUGGGAGAAACUAAAUUAUCAUUUUAAUUAUCCACGUGUUGGGGCCAACAAAGAAAGAGGAGUGUUUGGAGAGGUGUGGAAUGGACAAAGAGUUUUGACUAAAACGAAAGGGGAUCAUCACAAUGUAUUAACUACCGAAACAUUCCCGCUGGCCCACACAGCUCGAGUCAAAUCCAUUUUUAGUUCCUCUCCAAAAGUGUCGACUACACCUAAACCUAUACCUCAUGCAUCACUGCACCAGGCCACAGAAGUUCCCAGUACAACAGAGCCGCCAACGUCAACAUCAAUGAUGCCAAAGCCAAGUCGUGAUAUAAAAGUUGGACCAUGUGUAUGGUCUAUAGAUCGUACAUGUCCCGAUAAGGAUAUAACAUUUUAUUUAUAUACCAGACGUAAUCCUUCGGAUCGUCAAUAUAUUUAUGUAGAUAAAACUCUGGAAGCCUCCAAUAUUUCCCAAUCAUUUUAUGAUAGUCGGCAUCCAAGUAAAAUUCUCAUACACGGUUAUAAUGCCGAUAUGUUUCUGCACCCACUGUAUAUGAUGAAAAAUGAAUAUCUAGCCAAGGGCGACUAUAACAUUUUCUAUGUGGAUUGGAGUAAACUGGCCAUUGGACCAUGUUAUGUCAGUGCGGUGCAUAAUAUACGCCACUCGGGCGCCUGUGUUGCCCAAUUGGUGCAACGUAUUAUGGAUAUGGGUAGCAAAGAUAUUCAUGUUAUUGGAUUUUCUUUGGGCGGUCAUUUGACAAAUUAUAUUGCCAACAGUUUGGAUUCAUUCCUAUUGCCAAGGAUAACAGCUCUAGAUCCCGCCAUGCCAUUGUUUGUGGGCACGUCGAAAGAUAAUAAAUUGGAUCCCUCAGAUGCCGAAUAUGUUGAUGUUAUUCACACGAAUGCCAUGAUUCAGGGUAAACUGGAGAGAUGUGGCCAUGCCGAUUUUUAUAUUAAUGGUGGCAUAGUACAGCCAGGAUGUGCGACAGAUAAUCCUUGGAAUCCCUUCUCCUGCAGCCAUCAUCGAGCAAUUGAUUAUUAUCUCGAAUCGAUACGUACAACCAAAGGCUUUUGGGGUUGGUCAUGUAGUUCCUAUCUCUCAUAUCUCCUCGGUAUGUGUCCGCAAACAAAUUAUCUAUUGGAGGCUGGAGAGAAUGCCAAGAAAACCACCAAGGGAAUGUUCUUUGUGACGACAAAUGAAAAAUCACCAUUUGCCCAGGGCAAAUGGACCGAUCUGCCAACUUUGGGUUAUAAAAAUCCAAAUAAAACAAUGAUGGGCGGAGGAGGAAUGCGACCACCACAACCAGCAUCGAUUACUAUUUUACAACCCCAACAUCGGGGAGAUCCUCUAAUGCGUCAUAUCGAUCAAUGGGGAAAAUUGGAUUAUAAUUUUAAUAACUACAAUCAAUAUGAUGCGGCGGGAAAUAUGCAUGAUCCCUAUGAUGAUAAUUGGACUUAUUUUAGUGAUGAUCCAGUGGAAAUUGCCAAUGAUGUUAAUGCAGCGAAUUCGGUGGAGGAACAAGAUAUGGGCGAUUAUACAUUCCCGGGGAAUUUCAAACAUGAUGUGUUAAAUGGCGAACGGGAAAUGGAUGAUAUUGAAUGGGAAGAGUAUAAAAUGAAUGCAACGCGGGGAUAUAUCGAGAAUAGUUUGUUUAAUGUUCCCAUAUUGGGAAAUUAA